GGCAAAGGGUUUGACUCCUCUCACCACAAUGUAAAAAUUGGUCAUGUAUUUAAUGGAUUGUAAAUGUAGGGCUGUAUGAUUGCAGAAAAAAAUGCUCAAAAUUAGUUGUCUACAUAUUGUCAACACAUGCAGCUUUUAGUAGGGGUGUAAUAAUUCACAGUUUGAUUCAUGUUCAAAUUUGGCCUACAUUUCUAUUUUCUUUUCAUUAUUAUAAUUCAAUAAUUCUUUUAUAAACUUCAUUAAAAGAUAAUGUUUGAAACUUUGAAUUGAAAAAGUGCAGCCUAUCCUGACCCAUUUAGAUUGGUUUCCAGGCAGCAUACACAGCAGAAAACAUGAGAAUUAUUCAGCAGAUUUUUGACAAAGCACAGUUUUAUAAGGAGCAAUACAGCAUGAUACAUUAUAGUGUUCCACUCCACGAGUGACUUGAGAAAACAAACUAUUUUUACUGCACAUUUGGUAUUUAAAGGUUUUCCCCUGAAGCAGUCUAAAGGAAAUAUUUCAGUAUUUUCCAGUAUUCUACAGUUGAAUGAAACUGGGAGAAAAGCCACAGCGUGUAAUCAUGCAUGAGUAAUUGUGCAGCCCUGUGUAUGUAAAUUUUGUGGAUUGUGUGAGUUAUUGGUUUUCUAGGUCCACGCUGCUACAGCUAAUGCAGUCUAAUACAACAGUCCUGCAAUAAAUUCUAUGUUCAGGAUGGUUAUACUGGUCAGUUUUUCUUGAAAUGUUUUGAAGGCUGUAGUUUGUGAUUCUGUUGAACUGUAUAUUCAAAAACUGAAAACAAUGCCCUCAUUAAGGCAGGAGGUAGAAUUAGAUUAGACUGCAUUAGUUUUAGUAGCACGUACCUAAUAAACUGGCAACUAAACAUGAUCUGUAGUCUUUAAGAUAAAUAUUAGUCAGCAACAAUGUUAAGCUCUUGAAGAAAACAACAAUAUCUUCCUGUCAACUCUAAGCCACAGUGUGUCAUGUGUUUCACUGGUUACAGGCGUGGUGCAGGCUACGGGUGGAGGGGGCUGUCUUCACCAAUCACUAUCAUACUUAUCAGUACCACUUGCAUCACUGUGUGGCAUAUGGUGACAGAUAUUAUCUUGAAUGACACUCUAGUUCUUGGUAGUUCUCUGACUUUGAUCCUUCACAUCCCCCAAGUGCACCACUCGACCACAUGAUAAUGGCGUAGUGGCCAGACGUAGUACUGCAGGGACUCUUACAUUUUGGGUGUCAUUUGAGGACUCCUUGCUAUGCACUCUGCUGGGCUCCUGUGGCACUCUAUGGGUGGUUUCCUCUGCUUUCCGCAACACUGCCUUCUCAUCAGAUACGCUUGAAUGUCUUGACCAAUCCCUGGGAUCUCUGUUUUCUGUCUGCCUCUACAGAAUCGCUCUCAGUUGUUAUUGUGUUUGCCUGGUAAUAACCUGCUUUUAGUCAAGCAGUAACAGAGGGAAUGUUUAUUAUGUGAAUGUAAGUCUUUCUUAUUCCAAUUCUUCCUCUAUCAUCAAGGUUAUAUAGGUUAUACUGUACAGCACACAGGGGGAGGGUGCACCCUUUCCCCCUGUCUGUCUCCACCCCCCACCCCUCUCUUUUUCUCCCCCUUUCACUCUCUUUCUCAGGUUACCAAACAUGAAUAAGGGAGGAACCUUGAAUAGCCAACAUGGGCAACCCUUUAUCUGUGUACAUGCACACACAUACACACAUAUCUACCCCCUCCACCCCUUCUCUCCCUCCCCUCCUCCCUUCUUCCACAUCCCCAUCUCCCCUUGGAGUGUGUGCAUUAAUGUGCAGGAGCGCAGCAUCUUGCUGUGCAUACACAUGUACACUGGUAAAUGACUGAGGCUGCAGAGAGGAGGUGGGGGGAAGGGGAGGAAACAGGAAGGAGGUAGAAUGGGAGAAAAAGAGGUGGGGAGGGCAGAGGCAGCAGCCGCGAGUGUGUGUGUGUGUGUGUGUGUGUGUGUGUGUGUGUGUGUGUGUGUGUGUGUGUGUGUGUGUGUGUGUGUGUGAGUGAGAGAGAGAGAGAGAGAGAGAGACGGUAAGAGAGAAAAUGGGAGGCAGCAUCACCCACCCAGACUGGGAGGAGGGGAGGACAGACAGCGUGCUCGUCCCUCUAACAGACAGAGGUGGAAGGAAAGUGGGAAUGAGAGACAGACGUGAGGGGAGAAGAGGAGCACAAUGAAGGAGUGCCAUUGUCCAUCCUGGCAGCACUGCCAUUUCACCAUCUGCUGAAAGAGAGAGAGAGAGAGAGAGAGAGAGAGCAGGGAAGAGAAGAGGAGGAAGCCAAACAGAGGAGAGGAUAGAUGGAGAGGAGCUGCCGGCAGUGACUUUGUGAAUUAAUCGAGCGGAAGAGCGGAUCAGAGGAGAAGCACGUUUUUCAGGGAGUGGACGGACGGAGAGCCAGAAAGAGGAAGGAGAGGACGAAUGACCGGACAGUCUGUGGCUGUUUAAACAUUAAUGUGGUUCUCAUGUGAAUAUGGAACCCAGCUUUAGAUGAAACACCAUGGAUUAUCAACUGUAUGCUCUUUAAACCAAAAAAGGAACUAUUAUUGUUUUGCCAUUCAUGACAAAAGAAAGAACUUUUAGGAAGAUUGAUUAGACUCACUUUUUACAGAACAAUUUUAAUUACUUUUUUCUUUUGUGUAAAUAUAGACUCUCUUUGUGACUUCUGGUUUUCUAUUCUCUAGCAUAGGAUCUAUUCUGCAGGAUGUUAUACAGUCGUUAUCUUUCUUAGUUGCUGCACAGAAUAUUCAGGUUGUUUUUAUGCAAGUUUUCUAAACAUAAGUGUCAUCUUUUAGAAGUAAAAGAUUAGUGUAGUUGUUGUUUAUACUGUUAAUAGAAAAGUGAUUAUUGUUCUUUAAAAUAAUGUCAGACAUGCAGUUUUACAUUCUCUAGUUGGAGUUAGUGCAUGUAGCCGACAUGGGAUGUCAACAUUGAUUGGGUUUUAUGGCUGGCGCGACGCCGGUCAAACUUUGAUCAUUUCCUGAAACCUAUUGAUCUUUCUAGGAGUCUGUAGUUUUUCCCUUUUGUUGGAUUAAAAAAAAAAAAGCUCUAACGUGGAGUCUUUGAUGCAGCAAUUAAUUGCUGCCGUGUGAUUUGACAAAGCAGUUAUCUCUUUGUCUAAAGAUUUCUGCCUUUGUUGGGACUUCUCAGUAUAUAUCCUCCGCAGGCAUCUCUUUUAAUGUCUGUUGCCAUAGCAACGGGCGGCAGCUGCAGACAGAACAAGAUGUAAAGUUCUUUUUUCUUGUCUUAUCUUUUAACUGGUGCUGUUCCAUUAGGUAAUUGUAUAUAUUAAGUAGAUAAGAAGCAGUAGACCUGAUUAGUUCAUGGUUGUGUGCAGUUUUUAGAGUUUCUUUCUUAGACAGGAUUUUUUUUUUCCUUCUUUACUAGACGGUCUUUGUCUAUGCGGAGCUCGGCAGUCUCCGGGAAUCAGGGUUGUUUCAGGUCACCUGUCUCCCCCUCCCCAUUCUGUGUAUUCGUCUAGGGCGAAUCAGCUCAGCCCUGGUUGUCCUGAUCUCACCUUUAUCAGGCAACUACUGUCUUCAUCAGUCAAGCUGAUGUGCCAUUAUCAGGAAUGACUGGAUAAAUUUGAUUAUCUUACUGAUUUCACUUGUAUGUAUCGCUCUGUGCAGCUGCUCGGCCUCAAGGCCACUAAUCACUGUUCAUUAGGUGUGCUAUGUCUGUGACAGUCUGUUCCUUUUACUCUGUGUGUAGGUGACUCAGGAUUUCUCCUCAUGUAGAGGGUCAUCUCCUCUGCAGUCACCUGACCUACACUGUGUUCUGUGCACUAAAACCUCCUCGGGCAGGACAAGGGUUAACUCUACUCAUAGAGUAUUUCAGCACCCCUGUGUAUGAGAACACACCUGGAAUUCCUUCUUUAGCAUUAACAAGUCCGUUUAUGUUGGAUCUCUUGCCUUUUUAAGUGCUAAUCCUCUCUCUGGACUCAUUUGUGGUUUUAUUAGGGGUGUUACAGACUGUUUUGUUUGUUCUGCAUGCUCUGGGAUUGUCCACAUACCGGGUGUCUUUUGUGACUUUUCCAGCCAUACUUCUUUACAGCUUUCUGGAGAUCAUCCCAGCCUGUCUGGCAGUGCAUGCGUGUGACUGGAUCCUCAAUGGUGCUUUUUGGCCAAGAUCAGAUGGAUGACUAGCUAGAAUUGCUAGACAAUCCCUCUGUGGUGCUAGACUGGUGUAGGCGACUGUUCCUUUGCCAUGCAUCCAGCGCCCACUGCAAGCUGGUGCGCUGUUCUUCAGACACAGCUAAGUUAUGAAAUGUUAGUGCGUGGAAAAAUGCAUGCUUUCACUGGGCAUCACUGAAACAUUGGUGCCAAAUUUACAUCCCUCUGCAAGUGGUUUAGGCAAGGUGCGUGCAAACAUUGCUCUCCUUUGAGGGAGUAAAGGUCAACAGAUUGUAAAUAUGACUAGUGCCUCAGCAGCACUGAGGUGUAGACCAGCCAGCUUGCUGCAGGAGUGUAGGUGUAGCCUUGCCUCUUUCUGAGGUCAAACUGCUGCAGACUGUUUUGUUUGUGGGACUUUGGGUUGCGAGAGACUGUUAAUGUAAACAGACUGUUGUUUGCCUUCUAGGUUGGACUAUGCAGAACAUGAGAUGUUAUGCGGUGUCGGUGUUUGUUGCAGAUCUGAGAGCUAACCUGCUGCUUGAUAAGCCCUGCCUUAGAUAAGGAAGGAAACAGUUUCAGAAUAUAACACUUGGCUUGUUUAUAUCAUAUCGGGCUGUGUCAACGCUCUUCUCUCAGGUAACUGACUAUAAACUGGGCUUGUUUUUUGAACUAGGUAGUAAUAAAGUAACAGGGUAAGAGCAGAAGCGCAUAGAGAGAUCAGCAUAUCAACAGAGAGCAGUUUUAAUUGAGCAUUUCCAGCUGGGUGAGCAGGUUCACAUUCAACUGAUGAGCCUCCAGCACCAUUCAGGGAACCCUGGGUUGGGAGUUCAAACCAGACCAAUCAGGUCUCAUUACCAUCACAACAAGCCCACCGGUAGUCGUCAUCAGCCAAUGACCUAUAUUCUCCAGUGUUACAUCACCACCGUGCUACUGCAGUGUGUGUCACUGUACCAGACAGAGACAACAUCUCAGACUCAAACUACCACUAUCUAAUGGUGCUCCAGAGCAAAAACAAACAUCCUAACUGAGGUGGCCAGUUUUAGAGAACACACUUGAACCGAGUCAGCCUCACUUGUUUUAGCCAUAUCAGGAACUACAGUCAGGAACAGGCCCAACUCUGUCGGCCCAGUCUUAAGCACUAACUUAAGUACUAACUUUUUUUCUUUGUUUUCUACUCGUGUCUAAAUAGGUGACCAUGCCUAGCCUCUAGCCAUCCCUAAUCUUAAAGUUAGCGAGGCAGGAAGACAGGGAUCACCAUUAAUAUAUUACACAGAGGGACUGUUAAACAGGACAGCCUGGAGAACGGGCGAGCAGACGAGGGAGGGGGUGAGGGGGAGCGAGAGAUCAUCUGGAAGAGGAGAGAGGAAGUGGUGGCGCGGGAGAGGGCAGAGGCACUGGAGAGACAGAGGUUGGCGGAGUAUAUUGUGUGGAGGAAGAGAGAGGACUUCCAGGAGAAGAGAGCAGACAGAGAAAAGGGAGGGAAGAGUGCAGAGAAAGGGAAGGAGGUUGUGCCAGAAGUAAUCUGGAAGAAGAGAGAAGAAGAGGAAGGAGACACAGGAAGGGAGAGAGCCAGGGCCAUUCAGAGCGGACACGAAACCAUUUGGAGGAAGAGAGAGAGAGAGUAAAAAGGGGCCCCAAGAAAGAGUUGAGAACAUGAUGCACUUGAAAAGCAGGUGUUAAGGAAAGCAUGCUGCUACGAGGAAUUGGAGACUAGCCAUACAUCAGUAAACCUCCUCUCUCUUUUCUUUAGCAGUUCUGGGCUUAACUGAGCUCUGCAGGUGCUCACUGUAGUAUCGACCAAUUGGAGCUGUGUGUUGUGCAUGUGUGUGCGCGUCACUGCCGUGUUAGUGUGCGCAGUCCCCCUGCGAACCCCUCGUUGGCCGCUAAUAGGAUUUUUAUGGGCCUGUGUCAAGCAGGAUAGAGCUGCCGAGGGGAGCCGCUUCGCACAUGCACGCAUGUGCGCACACCAACACACAUAUACACAGAUAAUCUAAGAGGCAUUGUGGGCAGGGAAAGGUUUAUGCUGCCUCACAUGCAUUUAAACACAUCACAAACAAGUGUGCACCCCUCAACGCAGUAACACACAUGCGAGGGGGCGUUGAGAGAAAUCACUUGUGUUGAUUCUCCAUGGUGCUGCCGACAGCUGGGUAACUGGCCCUCACUGAGGGGCUAUUAAGUUGGGACAAGAUACUCACAGAUAUUGUUUUACAUUAUGGCAAAAACACCAAGAUGAACACUUUGUGGAGAGCUAAGACCAUGUGAUCAUCAUCAGUCCCUGGGAACACAAUGAACAUUGAAGCAGAUUUAAAGUGAACCGAUGACAACAUGAUCUGCACUGGUGCACUAAAAACAAACUUUUUUCAUCUGCAUUCUACCAUUAACUGGGACAUCGCUCUUCUCCUCUGCUCCUUUUCUCACUCUGCUUUCAUUGUGGAUAAAGCCGUUUUUAAAGCAGUUUGGUUUUGGCUGCCUGGUAAUGUGUGGAGGACAGACAACCAGACAGAUGGAUUCAGCUCUUACAUUGAGCAAGACAGACAGAUGGCUGUGUGUCCUUUUAGGGAGAAACUUUGAAUACUGAGACAAAGAGACUUUGAUUGAAUCACUAGAGCCUGUGUGGACUUGCGCGGAUAUAAAAACUGACACUGCAGAUUCAUUAUGGAGCUUGUCCCAAAAACCAAAUAUACCCAUUUUCGGAGUGAAUCGCUGAGCUCAACUGAUGAAACAAACUCCAAUCCAUCAUCAUUCCCUCCUUCCAGUCCCGCUACCCCGCUCACUCCCUCCCCUGGUUUACCCUCUUCUCUCUCCUCCUCAUCUCUCACUCCCAUUUUGCCCCCCUCUUCUCCCCGCCCGGCUGAGAACAGCCCCACCACCCUCUGCUCCUUCUUCCCUAGGAUGGGAUCCCUUCGUCUGGGCGUCUCCGCCACCCUCCUCCCAGGACUCAAGGCCUCGAGCAGGUUGCAGCAGGCUCAGGCACCCGUUGAGUCAUCUGGGGAUGACAGGAGCAGCUCUAGCUCCUCCCCUCCGCUCCAUCACCCUGUUCCCCCUCUAACCGCUCCUUCUCCCCCUCCCCGACCUCCUCUGCAGGACAUGAACCGGCUGGGAGGGGCGUCCAGGAGGGCACGGGUGGAAGGAGCACAGCUGGGAGGAGAUGAGUGGACGCGUCAUGGCUCCUUUGUCAACAAGCCCAGCCGUGGCUGGCUACACUCCGACAAUGUGGUCAGCACCACCGGUGUUUCCUACACUGUACGGUACAUGGGUUGCGUUGAGGUGCUACAGUCAAUGAGAGCGCUGGACUUCAACACCAGAACUCAGGUCACCAGAGAGGCAAUCUCUGUGGUGUGCGAGGCAGUACCGGGAGCCAAAGGAGCCCAGCGCAGGAGAAAGCCUUCCUCUCGCUGUCUGACGUCCAUCCUGGGGAAGAGUAACCUGCAGUUUGCUGGCAUGACAAUCAGCCUCACCAUCUCAACCAGCAGCCUCAAUCUGCUGGCCUCUGACUGCAAACAGAUAAUCGCCAAUCAUCACAUGCAGUCCAUCUCCUUCGCCUCUGGAGGAGACCCAGAUACGGCUGAGUACGUAGCAUAUGUGGCCAAAGACCCAGUCAACCAGAGAGCAUGUCACAUCCUGGAGUGCUCAGAGGGUUUAGCCCAGGAGGUCAUCAGCACCAUCGGUCAGGCCUUUGAACUGCGAUUUAAACAGUACCUAAAGAACCCACCCAAACUGGUCACCCCUCAUGACAGAAUGGCUCCGUUUGACGGCUCUGCAUGGGAGGAAGAAGAUGAUGAGGCUGCGCCGCCUCCUGACGUCCCUUACUAUAACAAUUUCCCUGGAAAACAACCUCCCCCUGGUGGACUGAUUGACAUGAGGACCCGCCCAGGGGCCACACUGCCUUAUGGACAGCCAGGUCAGAAUGACAUUCACAAGCAGCCUCUGCCGCCUCUACCAGGUGCCAAAGAAGGGGGAAGGGAACUGUUUGAUGACCCAUCAUACGUCAAUGUGGAUAAACCCCGCCCCCCAGUUGCAGCAAAUGGAAAUGCUCACAGAGAUGCUUUUGACAUGAAGCCAUUUGACGAUGCCCUGGGGGUCUCUGGGCACAGUGGCUCAAGCUCAGUGACGGCAGCGCCCCCCCUGGUGCAGCAGUUGCAGUGCGAGGCCUGGUUCCACGGUAGCUUAAGUCGCAGGGAAGCAGAGAGGCUGCUAACCCGUGAUGGUGACUUCUUGGUGAGGGAGUCUGGGACCACACCCGGACAGUACGUUCUCACAGGACAGCAGGGGGGUCAGCCCAAACACCUGCUACUAGUCGACCCAGAAGGAGUGGUCCGUACAAAAGACCAUCGUUUUGAAAGUGUGAGUCACUUGAUCAGUUAUCACAUGGACAACAGACUCCCCAUCGUAUCAGCUGGUAGCGAAGUGUGUCUGCAACAGCCAGUUGAGCGCAGGGCCUGACGUUACGCAGACCAAUGAAAUUCUCCACCAAAUAUACAUACACUCCCACUGCAAUUCAACACAACAUAAACACACCCUCAUAUGCUAUAACACACGCAGCAACACUACACUCCAACAUACACAGGAAGAUAUAUUCACACGCACACACACACGUUAGCAAAGAAAGCCAAAAAAGAAAAAAAAUCACCAGUUUCUCUGCAAAAUCACUUACUUGCUGCUGUUGCCACAUGUUCCUGUCCUUUCUGAAAGCCAAGCUGUGAUCUGCAGUCCUUUCUCGACACCACCAACUAUCAUCCGCGCAUCCCUCCACAACGGAGAAGCACUGCUGCAAUUUCUCAACAGCCUACUGUGAACCAGGGAGGAGCCCUUUGCUAAUUUCAGAACAGGGCAGAAAACAAAUGCAAUUUUUUAAAGAAAAAAAAAUCUCAACAUUCAAUCAUGAAAAACAAAAAAACCGAACACUUUACUAAUACAUGGAAUUGUGUACAAAGAAAUGGUGGAACUGAAGAGUGAAGAAAGGAACGUAAAUGGGACAUGGAAUGAGAUUUUCCUGUGCUUUAAAGAAUGUGUCUGACUGUCGCUGGAGCAUAUUAGGCAAAACGCAGCCUGGAUGGUAACGGUUCUUUGUUGUAGAGACUGAACCAGGCUCGAACAUAAACACUCCCUUCAGGUGUCACUUGAGCACUUCAGCAGCAAACCUGACUUUGACAUAAUUCUGCCUGGUGAAUAUGCAUUAACGAGUUUGCUUCCAGUAUAAUCAGGAGGGCCACCCUACCCCCGUCAACCACUCCCCUAUUAAAGACUUUUGAACUUUGACCCCUGGAGUGAUACCUGGUGAUGAAGAAAGCCUGUAUGCAAAACUGGGACUUCUAUGCCAAUGAGCAUUACAUGUUUUGUUUCCUUGUCAGUUGUCUUGGGAUUCAUUACUAAUUGGACAUUAGAAAUUCAGGGGGAUCUGAGCAGCUGUAUCGCCCUAAUCUCUCUGUAAACGCAGAUAUACAUACACCUUUACACCACGCACAGUCUGCACCACCUGUCAUGCCAAAGAACAUGAACUUGGUCGCUAACGGCAGAGGAAGCCAUGUUAAUUAUCAACUGUCUUGUGUGCUUACAGCAGUGGGAGCUAAAUUAGAAAGAAGGAAAUGCACAUCAAAAUGGGCCUGUUUUGAACAGAAGAAGAAUUUAGGUGAUUGUGCCUGAAUACAUCAUCAAGAAGGCAAUUUUUUAAAGUGCAUCAGUGUCACCCACAAACACAAUAAGUACUACAUUUAGAGAAGCAUAGACCAGAUAAUUUGAUCAUUGCUUUUCACUGACACCUUAGUAUGUGUUUGCUUUGACAAUCUAUGGGUUAUAUCUUUACAGAGUAUUCUCUGAAGCAAAAAGAAAGAGUUGUUAAAGGAGACCCCUUUACACGCUGGCCAAUGAGAGAUGUUGAGCAGUCUAAGCAAUGAAUUUCCCUCUGCAAAAAUGAUGCAAAGUAUGUCACAGUAACUGGUUUGGUAAUUAUUGUGUAUUGUGAUGUUGCUUUACUUUUUAAUCACUUGAGGGAAUCAUUUUUAAAAAACCUUGUAUCAAAUGAAAUGGGUCAGGGGUAACUGAAUACAUGCUUUUGGAGCAUCGCUAACGAUGAAUUGUUAAGCCAAAAUGCUGCUCCUCAGUGUGCUGUUUUCACAAACUGUCAAGGAUCUGGAGGGAGAAGUUCACACUUUAGUUUUCUCCUCUCCUCUUCCUCCUCCCUCAGUUCAUGGUGUUGUUUUUUAUAUAUCUUUUUAAUCGUGCCUUGUUUCUUCAAUGCAGUCACGUCACUUCAAUGCAGUCACCUUAUGUACUUAAUUCAGAUGUACUACAGGAGAAUCUUACACAAGCCUCUCAGUUAAACAAAGACUCUGCAAAAAUGACACUCCAGUAACCACACACAAACAGAUCCAGUGAUGGCAAUCUCCUCUGAUGCACAUUCUUGCAUUCAGCUUAUAGUCACAGAUACUUGAUGUCACCAUGGGGGGGGAUGUUUCCUGGCCAUCUGUAAAUAACAUCAAUUUUUGACUGGUCAUCUUAGUAAUGGAUUAAUGUUUCCAUAAUUGUACAUUUAGAGACCUAUUUGAUAAGUAACAACACCGAGCCAGACACCACAGCACUGAGGUAGCUCUUAAAGCCAACUGAACUUGUCCAAGAGAUUGCAGCCAAAACUCCUGAAAUACGAGAAGGGAUCUGUCAUCUUAAACCUUAACUGUCAACUAGUCCUCAUUACCCUGAAGCGGGCUCACAUGUAAUCUUAACAUGCACACACAUACCAGAGAGACAGCUGGAUCGAGUCAGACACUCACACUCUGCUUGUUCGGGUGUCUGUAGAUCAGAGAUAGGAAAUCCAGAGCUUUAAGUUCUGCCAUUGCUGUGUGUGUGUGUGUGUCUGUGUGUGCGUGUGUGUGUGCUGAAAUGGACCCACCUGACCCUCUGCAUUAUUUAGUGACCUGGCCCCGUGUUAACAUCAUUUAUCACAGUUGCCUUUUGUUGCAUGAAAAUCCUUUUUAAAAAAUGUGUUUGUUGUUGGUGAUGGUGAUAGUGUUAAUGAUGCUGUUGUACUUUUUAAUUAGGUUUUUUCUUUUUUGAAAGCCAAAGGUUACUUUCAGAUAGCGUGCACAGAUAUUGAUUUUUACUUUAUAUAUUUCCAUUUUAAUGCUUUUUGUUUGUUUGUUUUUAGGGAAACAUGUCUGUUUACACCUGUAUCUAUCUGAAAAUAUAGAUUGCAUAUAUAAAUACAUAUAUCAUUCAUC